AUGGAGCGUCAACUUGAACCCAGUUUCUCCCUCUCUCCCAAACCACCGGCCGCCGCAAUCCAGUGCACCGGCCACCACGAAGCAACAGCGCCGCCGCCCUCCAUGGCCUUUUCCCGGAUGGACUCGGAAAAUGAAUGUGAAGAUGACAACUUACGUACACAUAUUCGUGUUGGUGAUGAUCUGCCCUCUGAAAUUGUCCUUGAAAAUGAUGGAAAUGAAACUAUAAGGGAUGAGGACAACAAUAAUGGCAAGGGCAAGGGCAAGUCUGAGUGGAAGCUCGUAAGUGAAGACGAAAAUGUUGAGCAACCUCAGCGAGGUAUGACGUUUAGCUCCAUAGACGAACUUUUCUCAUAUUAUAGGCGGUUUAGUCGGAAAAGAGGUUUUGGGGUGAUAAUCAAAAAAAUUACUAAAGACAAAAUCACUGGAAAAGAGACACGUGUCACCCUUGCAUGUGGGCGUCAAGGCAAGCCACAACCCACGACAAAUAGGCCAAAUCCCACAAUAAAAACGGAUUGCAAGGCGAAAUUGAAUGCAAAGUUGGUUGAAACAAAAUGGUAUGUGACUAGUGUAAUUAGUGACCACAAUCAUGAUUUAAGUCCAAACAAGGGAAGAUAUUAUAAAUGCAAUAGGAAUUUGAAUUCUAACGUGAGAAGAAAGAUUAUAGUAAAUGAUAUAUCUGGGAUUGGACUAAGUCAGAGUUUUAACUCUCUUGCUGUUGAAGCUGGGGGGUAUGAGAAUCUUCAUUUUAUAGAAAAAGAUUGCAGAAACUUUAUUAACAAGGAAAGACACAUUCGGCUUGGCCAAGGAGGUGCUAAAGCACUUCUAGACUAUUUGAAUAAGAUGCAAGCAACCGAUAGUGGUUUCUACUUUGCAGUUGAUUCUGAUGAUGAUUCUAGGUUGAAAAAUGUGUUUUGGAUUGAUGCAAGAAGUAGGGCAUCGUUUGAAAGUUUUGGGGAUGUCGUGACAUUUGAUACGACAUACUUGACUAACAAAUACGGUAUGCCAUUUGCUCCGUUUGUGGGAGUGAACCACCAUGGAUGGCAAAGUCUACUAGAUAGUUAUGACCUUAAGGACCAUGAUUGGUUGCGCCGGUUAUAUAAUGAGCGGGCUUUUUGGGUACCGGCAUAUCUGAAAGGUGUGUUUUGGGCUGGUAUGAGAAGUACAAAGCGGAGUGAAAGUAUGAAUGCCUUUUUCGAUGGCUAUGUGCGUCCGUCUACCACUUUGAAGCAAUUUGUUGACCAAUAUGAUCUUGCUUUGUGGAAGAAGGUUGAGAAUGAGAGUCUUGCAGAUUUCAAGUCUUUUAAUACUAAGCUUCCAUGUGUAACCUUCUAUCCUUUUGAGGAAAAAUUUGAAAAAGUUUACACCAUUACCAAAUUCAAAGAAGUUCAGCAUGAGAUAAUAAGCAGAAUUUAUUGUACUGUCUCCCUUUUGACUAAAGAGGGUGCAAUUUGUACCUACCAAGUGACUGAACAGGUAAAAGUUCAAAAUGAAGUAGUUGAAGAUGCAUACGUGAAAGUAGUACCAUAUGUUGUCUACUUCAAUGAAGAUGGAGAUGAAUUUGAAGUAAAAUGCACAUGUGACUCCUUUGACUCAAGAGGCAUCUUAUGCAGACACAUCUUUGCUCUAUUGUGUGCACAUAACAUUACAUCUUUGCCCCCCAAAUAUUAUCUUGACCGUUGGAGGAAGGAUGUGAAGCGAAGAUAUACUUUAAUUAAAUGUAGUUUUGAUGCUUUGAGUGCUAACCCCGAAGUACAAAGAUAUGACAGCUUGUGCAAAGGUAUGCAUACAUUAGCAGAGGUCGCUGCAAGAAACGUAGAUCACUACACAAAAGUUUGGAUGCAUAUUGAUAUGUUGACCAAGGAAUUACGUGCUUCAAGUUGUGAACCCAAUCCACCUUCUCUUGCACUUCCAGGUGUAUCUUUAACAUGUAAUGAGUCCAUUGAUAAUGUUGAGUUGGCGGUAGAUGGUGAUGAGGUUCAUAGUCCUAUUGUAGCUAAAAAAAGAUGA